AUAAAUAUCCAUGACAACAGAUUUUUGUUGUUCUUUUUCAAAGGAAGCAGCACGUUUUUGUGAAUUUGCAUUGAAUUUUCUAGAAAAUUUAUCGUUCUUUUAUCCUAAAACUAGUCUAAAAUUUGUAAUCAAAACAAUGGCAGAAGACGCACAAUCUGUAUAUGAUGGAAUUCUUUUAGGUAUGGCUGAAAAGCACAAAGGAGGAGUAUCCGAUUUUCUAGCCACUAUCGCAGGUUUUCUGUCCAGAAAAACAGAUUUCUUCACUGGAGUACCACAAGAACAAUGGGAAAAAAUGCUUUUAACUACAUUCCGCAAAGCUGGCGAAAAAGCUGGAGAGAUUGAGAAACAAAAGAUCAAGGAACGUGAGGAAAGCGAACGUAAACGCAAAGAAAUUUUACGAAAAAAACAAGAAGCCGAACAAAAAGCCAAUGAAUCACAAAUAAGUGAAAUCACUGACGAAGAAGCUGCUCAAAUUAUUAAGGAAGAAGCUGAAAAGAAACAAACAAAAGCUGAAGCUGAAGUUUCUAAGCCAGUUGAGGAAGUCUCAAAAGAUGUUGAUGAAUCUGAAAAGGGUAAAUUAAUGCCCAACUCUGGAAAUGGAUGUGAUUUGCCCAAUUAUUCGUGGACUCAAACUUUGCAGGAAGUUGAGGUUAAAAUUCCAUUCAAAAUUAAUUUCUCAUUAAAAUCGCGAGAUGUGCAAGUGGUCAUUGCAAAGAAAUCUCUAAAAGUCGGACUCAAAGGUCAGGAACCGAUUAUUUCAGGUGAAUUGUGUUCAGAAGUUAAACUAGAAGAUUCCGUAUGGGUAUUGCAAGACACCAAGACUGUUGUCAUUACAUUGGAAAAGAUUAAUCAAAUGUCAUGGUGGGACCGAUUAAUUUCAACCGAUCAACCAAUUUCAACGAAAAAGAUUAACCCGGAACCAUCAAAAUUAUCUGACUUGGAUGGAGAGACCAGAAGUAUGGUUGAAAAAAUGAUGUAUGAUCAGAAACAAAAGGAAUUAGGUCUACCAACGAGUGAAGAAAAGAAAAAGCAGGAUAUUCUUUCAACAUUUAUGAAGCAGCAUCCAGAAAUGGACUUUUCCAAAUGCAAAUUUAAUUAAACCUCACGGCACAAUAAAAAAUUAAAAUCAUAGUAUUCACCUGAAUAUAUUAAGUUCUCUCUCUUUAUUUGCUUAUUGUCUAAAUAAAAUCGAAGUUUUACCAAUAUGUAUCAAAA